ACACACACACACACACACACAAGAUGCAUACAUCGCGCACUAUAAUUUGCCUGCGAUUCACCGCGGUGAUCAGCUCCCUCGCCGCGCUGAUAGCUUUCGGGUAUUCCCAAUCAAUGUUUGAAGGCGACAUGGUAAUCGUGGAAGACUUGGGCAGUGCGGCGGUCAGCCCAGUCACCGGAGCGGCCGAGUACACCUUUGUUUGGUCGCUGAUAAUAGCAUCUAUCGAAUUAUCCCUUCCCGUCCCGAUCCACCCAGCCAUCUAUCUUACUUUUGACCUUUGCGCGUGGGCCGCGCUGGUGGCCACCCUGAUAGUAUACCUGGCGGUUCAGGAACCAUAUUAUACCAGAGGAUAUAGCUGCGGAGUCAACGGUGGACGUAAUUGUGAUGGACAGCUCGUGGCUAACGUCGAGCAUUUCGGUACGGCCAUGGCAUUUAUUGCUGUUAUCAUCCAUUUUGGGUUUUUCGUUUGGGCAUGUCGUGCAACCCAUAAGACGCGGAAAAGCCACUCAAAGGAUCAGGAUAUAGCUCUCAACCAUACCGUGUGAGAUUGAUACGAGGUGCUUCACAGACAUUUUCACCAUAUUAUGGCGGUAUGAAUUUGGUAUGACAUUGAUGGCUCAGCCUCGCUUUCGAGGAGCUGGGGUGCUUUGAACGAAUGUGGCAGCGUCGUGAUGAUGUUUCCUAUUUAUAUACGAUGUUUAUAUUUUAUAAUGUUUAAUAGCUAAUUUAUAUUUAAUCA